AUGGAUGAGGUUCAAAAGAUCUACAAACAUGAAAUUGAUGAAAGUAUGAAAAAUGCAGAAACUGCUAUUGAUUUUUGGGAUACCAUUAAGGCCAGCCUUCAAGAGUCAUCAAAUGUUUAUAUUAUUAUGAUUGGAGCUUAUAGAUAUGGUGCUAACUCUGCAGGACUUUCAACUCCUGUCACAAUACCAUCAGAUAACAGCAAAGGUCUUUUUGACAUCAAUUUUACUAAUGAUGAGCUAGAGAACUAUGUUGAAAUUUUUUGCAAUAAGCACUUCAAACUAUUAAAUAAUCACAAUAGUCUUACUAACAUCAUCUCAGAAUUUAGUAAAUAUAUUCAAAAAGCAACGGCAGGACAUGUGGGUUUAGUUCGUCACAUAUUACAUCAUACAAAAAAUGCAAUGGAGUGGCGAAUUCGUGAUAAUGUGUUGACUUGGAAAGAUAUAUUUGCAUACCUAAAUUCAAAUAAGUUCAAUUUAACCAUUGAUGAAUGCCAUGCUUCACCCAGAGUCAAAAACCUUUCUGUUGAGCAAUUGGAAAUAUGCGAAAUAAAAUCUGGAAUUCUUGUGGUUAAUGACAGAGAUCUAUAUUUUUCAGCACCUCUUAUUAUGCGAUCAUUUUUCCAGCAAUGUUAUGGAAGCCACAAUAGUACUGAAAUUACCCCUUCAUCAUUAUAUCAUUUUAUUGUGAAAAUUUUCACAGCAAUAUGUAAUGGACAAAGUGGAAAAAUCUUAAGAGAAACACUUGGAUUUGGAAUUGAUGGAAACCUUCUGGGACAAACAUUGCAGAAAGAAUUUUAUAGAGUCGGAACACAAGUGUUAGGGAAGAAUCAUUUUCUAUCAUGUGAUGUGGGAGCAGUUUUUGGAUGCGAUGGAUAUAUAGAUUUUUAUGUGGAUAAGUUAGAAUGGGCAAUAGAGCUCUUGAGAGAUGGUAAGGACAUGACCAAGCAUAGUAGGAGAUUUGAACCUGUAGGUAAAUAUAAAGAGAUUGUUAGAUAUGCAAAGAGUAUAGCUAUUAUCGAUAUUCGUAAUGAAAAAAAAAAAGGUUCGAAAACUGCAUAA